AUGUCGAGUCGAUUGAUACCAGCACAAACCUAUGAAAUUCCUGUACAUCCAUCGACGGAAGGCUAUGAUGUUUUGCGUAUUGCUGUUGAAAAGCACACCUAUCCAGCUCCCAGACCAUUGCCUGCUAACCUUCGGAUCGCUUUUCUUUGGACUCAUGGAACCGGAUUCCAUAAAGAGAUGAUGCAUCCAAUUAUGCGACAGUUCGCUGCUCAGUUACGGGCUACACCAAAAUACAACAAGGUCGAAUUUGACUUUAUAUCCUGGGAUCAAAGGAAUCAUGGUGAUAGUGCUCGGCUGAACCACGGAUUACUUGGAAUGAAUACGUCCUGGUAUGAUUUUGGUAUGGAUACGAUACACAUCAUUGAUACAUUGAAAUUGAAAAGAGAUUACGAUAAAGUAAUCGGUAUCGGUCACAGUGUUGGCGCAACUUGCAUGAUACUUGCGCAGUUUGCUCAACCUGGCAUAUUUGAUGGACUUUGUAGCAUUGAACCGCUGGUAAGAGGUCGUGUGCUAGAUUUUGAACAUCGCUCAAAACUACCACCACUCGUUGUAACAAAUGCGUGCAUGGAAUCGUUGAGAAACCGGCCAUUUUGGAAGAGUUUGCAUCCGGAAGUCCUCGAAAACUAUGUUCAUUAUGGAUUAUAUACUACGGACGACGGGUCAGUCAUGUUAAAGUGCACGAAAGAACAGGAGAAUUUGACAUACUGGGGAGAUGCAUAUGAUUCCUACACAGCAUUCAUGUCUCUGAAAAAUCUCUCCGUUCCUCUUCAUGUGGUGCUCUCGGACGAAGACAAUUGGUGA